AUUAUUGAUUGUCAUGGUUUUAUCACGGCUAGCCGCGUUGGCUGCGUUUUCACGAAGACGGCCAUGACCGAACUUCACCAGGCCGCUGCGGCUGGAGACUAUGACGUGGUGGAAGAGAUUGUGAAAAAGAAUAAGUGUAACCCAAACCAAAAAGACAUUGAUUGGAACUGCAAGACACCGCUGCACUGGGCAGCAGCGAAAGGGCGGACGGACGUGGUGAGGCUGCUGGUGGAGAACGGGGCCCGGACCUGUCUGAGGACGGACUCGGGCUGGACGCCGGCACACUUCGCGGCCGAGUCGGGCCGGCUCGGGGUACUCCGCCUGCUGCACUCCCUCCACGCCCCCAUGGACAAGGAGGACUGCUGCGGGGACAGGCCCGUGAGGAUUGCUGAUGUCUAUGGCCACCGCGACUGCGUGGAGUUCCUCCAGACGGCAGAGGUGGAGUGCAGGGAGUUCCGGCGGCUGGCCCGGCUCCGGGGCGUGGCCCUGGACGACACGGACGAAGAGUGGGAGGAGCAGCAGAAAGAAAUCGAGCAGAACAGGCGGGGGCAAGGCGACAAGAAGGAUAAAACAGCCUCUCCCAAAAAAACAGUUAAACUGCAGGCAGCUAACGUGAGCGCAAACUCCAGAGCGCUCCUUUCAAGAGCUCAGGCACCAAAACAAUAGCAGAUGUACAAAUGUAAACACAAACGC